AUGGAUGCCUCAGAGAUAAGACAGAAUUUCGACCGCUUCCGAAUCCUCAUUAUAGGAAGAGCGAAUGCAGGAAAAACCACCAUCCUCCAGAGGGUUUGCAAGACACGUGAGAACCCAGAAAUAUAUGACAGGGCCGGGCAAAAGGUGCGAUUUCAGCGCGGGGUACACGAUAUCGAGAAUGAAAUGGUGUUUCAAAACAACCAAGGAUUCAUUUUCCAUGAUUCACGCGGGUUUGAGGCAGGAGGACAAUUUGAAUUCGACAAAGUGAAGGCUUUUAUCAGACAUCGUUCUAAGAAGAGACGUUUGAGUGAUCAAAUCCAUGUCAUAUGGUAA